AUGGAUGAUCAAUUUGAUGAAUUUGGGAAUUACAUUGGGAAUGACCAAGUUAUAGAAGAAGUAAGUCAUGAAGUUGAAGUUGAAAAUAAUAAUGAAAAUAACCAAAACAAUAAUAAAGAAAGAGAAAAUCAAAUUAUUUUACAUGAAGAUAAACAAUAUUAUCAAACAGCAGAAGAAAUCUAUGGUAAUGAUGUUGAAGUAUUAUAUAGAAAUGAAGAUGAACAAAGUAUUAAUGAAGGUAUAAUACCAGUAGAGAAAAAUAAGAAAAUACAAAGAGAAUAUAAAAAAAUACCAAUAAGUAAGUAUAAUUUUGAAUAUAUUUCAGAACAAAUGAAUAAUAUAGAAAAGAUUAGAAAUAUUGCAGUAAUAGGAUCAUUACAUCAUGGAAAAACACAAAUGAUUGAUUUAUUAUUUAAAUAUUCACAUGAUAAAAUUAUUGAUGUUGAUAAAUUAACAAGAAAUUAUAUGGAUACAAGAAAUGAUGAACAAGAAUUAAAAAUAACAAUAAAAUGUAGUCAAAUAAGUUUAUGUAUUCCAUCAAAAAAAAAAGGAUAUUAUUUAUGUAAUAUUAUUGAUACUCCUGGACAUUCAGAUUUUAUUGAUGAAGUUAUUAUUGGACUUUCAUUAGCAGAUAAUGUUAUUAUUACAAUUGAUUGUGCUGAAGGAGUUUUAAUAACAACAAAACAUUUAAUUGAAAUAGUAGCACAAGAACAUCUUCCAAUAAUUAUUGUUAUAACAAAAAUAGAUAGAUUAAUAAUUGAUUUAAAACUACCACCAGAAGAUAGUUAUUGUAAAAUAAGAAAUAUUAUUUGUGAAGUUAAUGAAAUAUUAAAUAAAUAUCAAAUGAAAUUAAUAUCACCUGAAAAUAAUACUGUUUUAUUUGAAUCAUCAAUAUUUGGAUGUAUUUUUUCAUUAAAUAGUUUUUCAGAAAAAUAUAUUCCAAAAACAAUAAAAGGAACAAUAGAACAAAGAAUUAGUGGAGCAAUUGGAUUUGAUAGUGAAAUAUUUGGUCAAAAUAUGUGGGGAGAUAAAUGGUUUGAUCAUCAAACACAUAAAUUUAAAAAAAUAAAAGGAAAUGAAAAAAGAACAUUUGUUGAAUUUAUAUUAGAACCAAUUUAUAAAAUUGUUGGAAUAUGUCUUUCUAAAGAAGGAAAAGAAUUAAAACAAGAAUUAAAGAAAUUUAAUAUUAAAUUAGAAGGGAAUGAAAGUGAAAUAAAUUUUAUUCCAUUAUUAAGAACAGUAUUUUAUAAAUUUUUUGGAGAAAGAAAUUUAACAGGAUUUGGAGAUACUCUUCAAGAAUUAAUGAACCCAAAAGAAGGAGCACAAAAAAUAAUAACAAAAAUUUCAAAUGAUAAAAUAGAAUUGAAAGAAAUAAUUAAAAAAUGUGAUAGAAAUGGACCAUUAAUUAUGAGUAUUAUUCGAUUAUUACCAAAUACUAUAAAUUCAGAAAUGAUUGGAGUUUGUAAAAUAUAUAGUGGAACUAUUCAUGAAGGAGAUAGUGUAAGAGUAUUAGGAAAUAAUUUUUCAGAAACAAAUACAGAAGAUAUGAGAAUUGAAGAAGUUUUAAGUGUUGAAUUAGAUAUGGCACAAUAUAAAGUAGCAAUGAAACAAGGAAUACCAGCAGGAAAUAUUUGUAUUAUAAAAGGAAUUAAUCAAAUUAUUAGUAAAAAUGGGACAGUUUUUGAUAAAAGUUUAACAGAAAUUCAACAUAUUAGAAAUAUUGAAAUACCAAUGGCAUAUAUUAAAGUAGCAGUUGAAGCAUUAAAACCAUCAGAAAAAGAAAUAAUGAUAGAAUCUCUUUCAAAAGUAACACAAAUUUAUCCUGGUUCAAUAGUAAAAUGUGAAGAUAGUGGAGAAUAUAUAAUAACAGGAUAUGGAGAAAUGUAUUUAGAUUGUGUAUUAAGAGAUAUAAGAAAUAUGUUUACACCAAUAGAAAUUAAAGUUAGUGAACCAUGUGUAAUUUUUAAAGAAACAGUAUCAUGUUUGUCUCAAAUGAAAAGUGUUGCACUUUCAACAAAUCAUAGAAAUAGAAUUGCUGUUAUUAUUGAUCCAUUAGAUGAAAAUACAAUUAAAGGAAUAGAAAAAGGAGAAUUAAAAGAAGAGAAAGGAAGAAAUGAAAUAUUAUAUCAGAAAUAUCAUUGGGAUAUUUUUGCAUCAAAAUCUCUUCUUUGUAUUGGACCAGAAGAAAAAAGUCCAAAUGUAUUAUUAAAUGACAUUUUAGAAGAAGAAAAAAGAGAAAAAAUAAAUAAAAUGAAAGAAGCAUGUUGUAUUGGAUUUAAAUGGGCAAUGAGUUCAGGACCAUUAUGUGAAGAAGAAAUGAGAAAUUGUAGAGUAAGAAUUAUUGAUCUUGAAUUUGAAAGAAAUGUUGAUGAACAACAAGUUAUUCAAGCAUUAAGAAGAUCAAUUUAUGCAGGAAUUAUUCUAUCAUCACCACAACUUUUAGAACCAAUUUAUUCAGUUGAAAUUAUUACUCCAGAAAAUGCAAUUAAAGGUAUAACUAAAAGUAUUAGUGAUAGACGUGGUUUUAUUAUUCAACAACAACCUCUUGAAGGUACUCCAUUCCAACAAAUUCAUGGAAAUAUCCCAUUAAUAGAAAUAUUUGGAUUUGAAACAGACAUUAGAACAUUCAGUAGAGGCCAAGCAUUUGUUCAAAGUUGGUUUGAUCACUGGGGAAUUGUUCCAGGUGAUCCUUUAGAUAAAGAAAUUAAACCAUUAAAUUUACAACCAAAUCCUCAACCUUAUUUGUCAAGAGAAUUUAUGAUGAAAACAAGAAGAAGAAAAGGAUUAAUUGAUGACGUUGAUACGUCAAAGUAUUUUGAUGAAGAAAUGCUUUCAACAAUGGACCAAAAUAAUUUCAUAUUUUGA